CAGACUCAGAGUCAAUAAAUUCACAUGUCACAGCUUUCUGCCUUCAGUUCUGGGUCAUUAGAGUAGCCAUGGCUUUAAGGGGAACACUUAUUUGGACAUGCACACUGGCAGUGUGGUUCUCUUCUGCAUCUAAAGAUGACUCUGAGACUUGCUCCUUGGACGCUGCGAAUCUUACAGCUGUUGUGGAGGAGGCGCUGCAGUGCGGUGAAGCCCUGCCAUGGAGUGGACAGCAGACAGCUGCACUGCUGCUAUCUCUGAGCAGUCUGACUCAUCGUUUGCAGCAACACCAGCUGAAAGAAUGCCAAGGUGCCGAGCCACACAAUUGCCCUGAACCAGAAGUUCCUGAAAAUGGAGGGUUGGCUUGUGUCACAGCUGACAACCAGCGCCUCUGCAAACCUAUUUGCAACCAUGGAUACGAUUUUGCUUUCCUCAGAAUAAGUCGUUUGUAUGAUAAAUGCAGUGAGCAGACCAAUUAUAAAUGGGACACUCAGUACGUAGGAGGGAACAAGCUGGCUGUGUGCAACAGACAAUCAUUUCAAAUUUCAGGAGCAAAGUCAGCGUAUUUUCCUAAAGAUCAGGACUGCAGAACAACCAAGAGCAUCAGCCAACUGCAGAACAACACCCUUGAAAUCUUUAUCAGUGAGGUGAAGAAUAAAGGCAUACCAGGAGCGGCACAGCAUGCCUGUCUUGUAUGUGGAUGACCACAAAGUAGAAACAAGAUUGGUAAAAUUUAACUGUGAAAUGAAUGAAUGAAUGAAAGCUAUGCAAGUAGUUCAAAUCUGUACGAGUUUAAAUUACUUUCCAGAAUAAAACAGUUACUGAACCUGAA